AUGGGUCGGUGCGCGCGCGCCGGGGGCCGCCCCGCCCCGGUGGUGGUCGGGGGCAGCCGUACGUCGCGCACGGCAGCCGCUGGUGGGUACCGCCGGCCGGCGCCGGGUACGUACCGCACCUCUCGCCGCGGUACUGCCGGUCGGCGCCGAGUACCGCACCUCUCGCCGGUGUACCGCUGGCCGGCGCCGGGUACCGCACCUCUCGCCGGGGUACCGCCGCCCGGCGCCGGGUACCGCACCUCUCGCUGGGGUACCGCCGGCCGGCGCCGGGCACCGCACCUCUCGCCGGGGUACCGCCGGUCGGCGCCGGGUACCGCACCUCUCGCUGGGGUACCGCCGGCCGGCGCCGGGCACCGCACCUCUCGCCGGGGUACCGCCGGUCGGCGCCGGGUACCGCACCUCUCGCUGGGGUACCGCCGGUCGGCGCCGGGCACCGCACCUCUCACCGCGGUACCGCCGGUCGGCGCCGAGUACCGCACCUCUCGCCGGGGUACGUAUGUACCGCCGGCCGGCGCCGGGCACCGCAUCUCUCGCCGGGGUUCCUCCGGCCGGCGCCGGGUACGUACCGCACCUCUCGCCGCGGUACUGCCGGUCGACGCCGCCCCUCUGAAG